AUGAGCAACGCCGCCACGCCGCCCGCUGCACUGCGUGUUGGGUCAGCCGCCAUACUCUCAAAACCGCCCCCAAAUGCCACCCAGGCCUCGUCAAGCCUCCGCUUAACUUCAUCUGCUGCGUCCACUGUCGCCGCACCGCCUCACCGUGCUAUACCGUGCUUCGUCUUAUUCAGCCCACAAGGACCCCAUCCGUUGGAGGGUCUCAAGACGGUCACCCUGGAGCGUCUCAGCGACGGUGCUGUUGCCACACCCCGCCGAGGAUCUCUGCGAACUCGCGGUUCAUCCCUCAACCGACUCCCUGCAGGUGUCUCCCUUCCUCUAUCUGCAUCUACAAUGGCAGCUAGGCAUCGCACUGCGAAGCACGUAACGGCGUCCGCCGCUGCUCGAGCAUCCCACCAAUCCACCAGCGGGAUUCGCUGUGUCUACGACCGCGACACACGCUCGCAGCUGCUGCAUAUCACGCCGGGGACGGAGGUUGACUUUUCCUCCUGCAUGCGACUGCCGGCGCUCGCCACGAAACCCGCGCCAGUGGUUGGGGCGGCUGCCACACCCAUGUUGUUCGCGGCCACUGCCGUGCACACCAUUGUGGUGGUGCAAUUCUGCGUAGCAGCGCCAGUUUUAUCGCCAGCUGCCCGACAUCAGGCUGGUGCACCGCGGCCCCAGCUGCCGGCGUCGCCGAUCCCUCCACCCGGGAGUUUUCAUAUUGAGCUCGUCCUUCGCACCGGCACUUCUGCAAAUACUGUUCGAGGAAGGAAUAGUGCCAGUGGUAGUAGCAGUAGCGGCAGCAGUGGCGGCGGGUACCGGCUGCGCUUCACCAACACCGGGAGCGGUGUACAGCGACACACACACCACACUAAGAUACCCUUACUGUGUGUGCGCACGGCACAAUGGGUGCAGCUUUUCUUGGACCUCGAAGCACUACUGCAGUCGUGCCAGGAAGCCGGCGCUGUUAUCAUAGGUGGCGGACCUCAUUGCCGGUUGCAACAGCUGCGCAUCGGUUCAGGUGGCAGCGCCGCCAGCACAGGAGGCAUUUACGUGCGCCGCAUCAUCGCUGGCCACGGGCUAGCACUUCCUCACCCUGUCAUUGACCAUCUCAUUACUUCAGGUGGUGUACCUGGUGUGGUGGCGGUCGUGGCUAUGCCAAGUGGUGGGGCGCCAGAGACGUUUAGAGACGCUGAUGGAGAAGGACAAAGUAGUCGACGAAACUCCGGAACGCUACAGCAAUUCAGCAGCGGCGGCGGGAGUUCCUGGGCGCCACCGGAGGCUCUGCGUCUUCCUGCGGAGGCGGGGGAGAGCCUCUGCGUGUUUGUGCGAACAGGAGAGGAGUACAUCCUGAGCGAGGCUCCUGCCCUGCCGACCCCCACUGAAGAACCGUCACCAGAGGACGUGUCGCAUGUGCGAGAGAGGGAUGACAGCGUAGGGGUGACGCAGCUGCUACUGAAGGCGAGCAACUGUGCUGGUGACGUUGGAAGGAGCCUCACUGAGUGUGCUGAGGCCGCGACACAGGGGGCCGCGAGAAGGCGGCCAGCACAGGCCGUCAAGGCGACCGCUACUAAACCCCUGACCUCACCGUUGUCUUCCGCAUUGCCGCCGCCCCAGCCACAACGCCGGCAGCUCAGUUCUCAUCAACAACAGAGCCCCGCCUCGUGGACUUCGUAUCAGGGCCACCCUGAUGGCGGGGCCGCGGCAGUACGUGCAUUCAAGAGUCAGCCGAGGUCGCCGAGAGUGCCGCACUGCACAGCCCUAGAGCUGCUACGAAUGCAUAAUCAUCGGCAGCGCUUGCAGCCUCAGCCAGUGCACCAGUUCGCCGUGUCUGGAGCCGCAACGCACACACCGAGUCCAGCCGACCCGCCGUCGCCUUUUUUUCCAUUCUCCGCAUCUCCUUUGUCCUCUCCUGUGGACGCGUCGUCUCUCUCGGUCUCCGACGACGCCGAGAUGUUUGUUGUUCGCGAGGUGUCAGCCGCUGAGCAGCUCGCUCCUGCCACACCGCCGCAGUACCCGGCAAAUCAACUCAUGACUGGCAAGCCUCCUCUGUGUUGCCCGCAGUCGCAGCCGCCGAUUGCCGAGAAAGUCACGCAUCACGCGCUGGAUGCAGGACCUACGGGCGAGGCGGCGGUGGUGCAGCAUGAACGGGAGAAUGUCGCGCUAGAGGAUGCAGACGGCGAGGGCUUCUCCACAUGCCCAGCCGCAGCAGCGACAGGCUUUCUCUUUUCCUCUAAUACGAGCACCAUCACGACUACCACCACAGCUUCAGAGGCUUCCGUCUUAUCGGUUGUGUCCUACUCCUCUGCCGUUGAGUUGAUGGAUGAGAUGAACGAGCGGGUGCGUCGCAUCCACACGGUAUUGGCGGGGGCGGAAGAAGAGGCGGCCGCCGCUGCUGCUGCUGUUAUCGUUGACCGGUCACUCGCCAGAGGCCCGCCGUCGCGCCACUUCACGCCGCCACCUACAGCGCAAGGUGGUCGGCCUGCCGCCAGCACUUCAGCACUGACAGCGCUGCCUCUUUUGGAGCCACCACCACUCACAGACGCUGCUGCAAUCCACUCCUCCUCGCCGCCCCCGUCUGCUCCUGCCACGACGACUCCUGCUGAUUUUAUGAAGGGAGCCCUGGAUGACACGUUGUGCGAUGCUGUGGUUGCCGCAGCGGCCGUACUCAACACGCCGCCAAAGUCGCCAACAGCGACGGCAAAGAGUGACGGCGUUGGGCGUGUGGCAGUUGAAGACCAUACGCCAAGACUCUCACCCACAUCAGAUAACACGAAGGCUGUUCUCGAGUUGUGGAGCUCAACAGAGAUGCCACUCUACUUACCAUCUCCGUCGCAGCGACCAGCAACUGCCGCUGUCAAAGGUGCCUCACUGAUGGAACGGCUACGUGAGCGCCAGGCGACUCUCUCUUCGUCUUCGUCGGCGGCUUCUGUCUCCCCCGUCAAUAGUGGCGACAACGGUGGUCUCGGUGACGCUCCUUCAGGCGCGAUGUUGCCACCGACAAGUGCUGUCACCUCCUGGACGUUUCACUCGGCCUCUCUGACGCCGCAGUCACCGUCGAUCCUGCGACUCCCAACUGCCAGGUCUGCAGGCGAGGGGCUGCCAGGUGCUGGUGGCGCUCCCUCAAACCACGCGACUGGUGCGGAGAGGGGUGAGGAGGCCCCACCGUUGUGGCCUUUGAGCGAAUUACGCACCACGGCUCCAGAGGGGGUGGCCGCUGUCGUGCCAUCGUCGAGGUCGUCAGCUGGUCAAGUUAUGAAGGCGGUUGUGUGGCGCCGCCCUGUCCCGGUGCCGGGUCAUCCCCCCUCCAUCGGCGACGCUACUCAGCGCGCAUUGCAGGAUGAGGUUCGACUAACGGACACCCCGCUGUCGAGACGCGCAGGAGCCCCUGAAGCGGAGAGCGGUGAUGCGCGACGUAUGGUGGCAUGGUCCGCCAGACAGAACGCCGGCACCAUUUCCUCUGGCAUGCAUACCCCCCUCUCCGCUGCUGUCGCUAGCAAGCUAGGCGUUGCACCACAACAGGAGAGCUGCCAGGGCUUCAUCGAGGCACCACAGCUCUGUAUAGGCGCGCAGGUCCCUCCCCUGCUUCCGAACGGUCGCAGCUUCAGUACUGUUAGCAGCUUUCAAAUGUGGCUGCCGUCCUCUCCCAUGCCCACACUCUCCGAGGGUCGUGGUCGCUACCCUUCUACGACCACGCCGUCCAGUGGCGGCGGUGAUCAACAUGGCGGUUUUCCAUCCAAUUCCUCCUCCGGUGUUGGCAGUGGUCCACCGCGACCUCAGCUCGGAGUCGCAGCUGUACUCCCCUCCGCACGCCCCCCUCUGCCACCUCCGUCCGUUGUACACAUGCCCCAAGCCGCUCCUGGCUUGACAGCACCUACUUCCAGUUCUGGAGCAGCAAUGGGGCUAUUGCCACUUGCUCAGCAGCAGCAGCAGACGCUUGGCCUUCCCGCAGCCACUUGGACUCGUUGCUCACCGCAUCACGCCUCCGUUUCUCCUCCGGAAGCUCCUCCGAACGACGGACCGCUCUCCGCACAGCUCGGCAACGAUGAGGGUCGGUACCUGUACGACUGCGUACUGCAGUGUUAUCUGGAUCUGGCGAGGAACACGUAUGUGGACAAGAUUUAG